AACAAAGUCCAGUCCUCUCGGCUGGGCGGGCAGCUGGCUCCGGGGACAUUGCUCAUGGGUCCCCUGAGGGGCUGUGGGUGACAGGAGACACCCCCCACCCCCCCCGAGACCACCAGACAGGGGGUGCCGAGAGGCCAGCCUGCCCCAGCCCCGCUCCUGAGCCAUUUUGGAUCAUUUUGGUGUCCCUGGGCUGCUCCCACCGAGCGCCCCAGUGUCCAGGACUGGUGGUACUGGGAGGGUGCGACCCCCCACCGUCCAGGUGACCCCCCCGGAUCCCGCCGGGUGACCCCCCAGGCCCCCCGAGGAUGAAGACGCUGGUCCGCCUCUUCCUCACGCUGGUGUGCGUGGCGGUGGUCGCCGUGUUCUACGUCCUGCUCUGCUCCCGCGCCAGCCUGCGGCCCUGCUGCCAGGCCCCGGGGGCUCGGGGCAGCCCCACGGCACCCACCGUCCUCAGCUUCCAGGGGUACAGCCACGUCCUCGACGGGAAGCCGCUGGAGCGAGCGCUGUGCCGCAGCUGCGCCAUCGUCUCCAGCUCGGGGCAGAUGCUGGGCUCACGCCUGGGACGGGACAUCGACGGGCAGGAGUGUGUCCUGCGCAUGAACCAUGCCCCCACCGCCGGCUACGAGGAGGACGUGGGCUCGCGGAGUACCGUCCGGGUGGUGUCACACACCAGCGUCCCGCUGCUGCUGAAGAACCAGCCUUACUUCUUCCAGCAGUCCCGGGAGACCCUCUACGUCAUCUGGGGGCCAGCCAAAAAGAUGACCCGGGAGAAGUCGGGCACCACGUACCAGGCGCUGCUGAAGGUGAUGAAGACGUAUCCCCACCUGCAGAUCUACACCCUGACCGAGGAGAAGAUGGCUUAUUGCGAUGACGUCUUCCAGAACGAGACGGGGAAGAACAGGGUGAAGUCUGGCUCCUUCCUGAGCACGGGGUGGUUCACCAUGAUCCUGGCCAUGGAGCUGUGCGACCAGAUCCGCGUCUUCGGCAUGGUCAGCGACAACUACUGCAGGGAGAAGAACCACUCCAGCGUGCCCUACCACUACUUCGAGAAGGGCCGGCUGGACGAGUGCAGGAUGUACCUGGCGCACGAGCGAGCCCGACGCGCCGGCCACCGCUUCAUCACUGAGAAAGCCGUCUUCUCCCGCUGGGCCAAGAGGAGGAACAUCAUCUUCACCCACCCGUCCUGGGCAGGGGGGUAGGGCACCAGCCGUGGGGCGAGGUGGCGGGGACCCCAAGGAUGAGGUGGCUCUCAUCCUGCAACGAACGCGUCCCCGCUCCACCAGUGCUACGGUUGAAAGCCUUUUGCCAAACUCCAGAGUGGGGAGUGUCCAUUUCUGCAGCAGCAGGGCUGGUUCCCCUAGACGUGGGGCUGGGACCCCCCAUGUUGGUGCACGGGGGAGGUGUGAGCUGGACCCACAGAGCCCCAUCGGCUCCGAACGCCUGCCAUGGACCCAGGGUGACCAUGAAGGUUUUCCACCCGCUCUACUGAGAUGAAUAUUUAAUGCAGGAUUAAACUUUCACAUUGUCGAGCUCCAGCGCGACAUGGGGCCUCCCCCAGGGAUGAAACUUCAUCUCAGCCCUUACCCCAAGACCCAGCACUGGCUGUGGGGAGCUGGGGCUGGGCCCUCCCCAUCCCGCUGACCCCAGGCAGCUCUUGCUGCCCCUGUGCCCCCCAGCCGGGAAGCCAUGGGGCCACGUGUGGCCCUGGGGGCUCCGAGUUGCCUUGUCACAAGUGCCCUUGGAUUCAGACCAAAGCGAACGUGGCCAUUAAAAGUGUUUUUAACUCGG